AUGAGCAGUGGACAGAGGAGAGAAUCAAUUUUGGAGCUUGCGAAGCUAAUGGAUAGUACCGUCCGAGUAAAAUGCCUUGGUGGCCGGGAGCUACAGGGUACACUCCGAGGAUACGAUGAGCUUGUGAACCUGGUGCUCGAUGACUGUGAUGAAUUCCUGAGAGACCCUGAAGACUCAGAGCGAAUAACGGAUAAGUCUAGAAGACUUGGACUGGUCGUUGUUCGUGGGACCCAGGUGUCGCUUGUGUCUCCCCAAGACGGUGUUGAAGAAAUUUCAAAUCCUUUUGUUGCCGCAGUUGGGGAGUAA